AUGUUUCUGCAGUAUUAUCUCAACAGUGGGGAGAUCAGGUCUAUACAACGAAGAAGCUGGGCUGAACCUAUGGGACAAGAGACCUCCUCGACUCAUCCUGCUGGGUUCUCCCCAGAUGACAAAUACUCUUGACACUGAAUCACCAUCAAGAAACACUUCAAGGCACUCAAGACCCAGCAACCAUGCCCUAUCCUCUGAGCGUCCCUUACAUUUCA